GAGAGCUCGGGGAGCCGCGGGAGGGGCGGAGGGGCACAGCGGGGCCCAGGCGGCUGCGGCCGCGGAGCCGGGGCACCUGAGGAGGAAGGAGGGUGGGAGCGAGGGAGGGAGAGGACGGGCGCUGACCGAAAGUGGGGAAAGAAGGUGCAGGCGGGCGGGCGAGAGGGCACGCGCCCUGGCCCAGGGCCGCGGGUGCGGGAGCCCGGCGAGGUCAAGCUGGGCGGCGGCGGGGGCUGUGCCGAGGGAGGAGGGGAAGGCGGAGGCGCGGGGAGCGUGUUUGGGGCGCCGCGGCGAGGAGGGUGGCGGCUGCCGGUGCGCGCGGGGCGCUGUGUGUGCGCGCUCUCCCGCUCGGGGAGGAAGAUGGCCCAAAAGGGAAAGUUGGGGUGACGCGCGCGGUCCCUGGAGGCUCGGCAGGGGGCAUCGCGGCCAGCCCGACGGAGCGGCGGACUCACAGGCCGGGGGGCGCGCAGUCCGGGCGCUGCCGCGGCCGCCCACUCACUGCAGGUGGCAGCGGGUGCGCUGGGUCCCGGCUGCCGCGGGCGCAGGCGGGCGCGCGGGGGAGCCCGGCCGAGGGAUGGGCUGCGCCCCCAGCAUCCAUGUCUCGCAGAGCGGCGUGAUCUACUGCCGGGACUCGGACGAGUCCAACUCGCCCCACCAGACCACCAGCGUGUCGCAGGGCCCCGCGGCACCCCUGCCUGGCCUCUUCGUCCAGACCGACGCCGCCGACGCCAUCCCCCCGAGCCGCGCGUCGGGACCCCCCAGCGCCGCCCGCGUCCGCAGGGCCCGCGCCGAGCUGGGCAGCGGCAGCAGCGCGGGUUCCGCAGCCCCCGCCGCGACCACCAGCAGGGGCCGGAGGCGCCACUGCUGCAGCAGCGCCGAGGCCGAGACUCAGACCAGCUACACCAGCGUGAAGCAGGUGACUUCUGCGGAGGUGCGCAUCGGGCCCAUGAGACUGACGCAGGACCCUAUUCAGGUUUUGCUGAUCUUUGCAAAGGAAGAUAGUCAGAGUGAUGGCUUCUGGUGGGCCUGUGACAGAGCUGGUUAUAGAUGCAAUAUUGCUCGGACUCCGGAGUCAGCCCUUGAAUGCUUUCUUGAUAAGCAUCAUGAAAUUAUUGUGAUUGAUCAUAGACAAACUCAGAACUUCGAUGCAGAAGCAGUGUGCAGGUCGAUCCGGGCCACAAAUCCCUCCGAGCACACGGUGAUCCUCGCAGUGGUUUCACGAAUAUCGGAUGACCAUGAAGAGGCCUCAGUCCUUCCUCUUCUCCACGCAGGAUUCAACAGGAGAUUUAUGGAGAAUAGCAGCAUAAUUGCUUGCUAUAAUGAACUGAUUCAAAUAGAACAUGGGGAAGUUCGCUCCCAGUUCAAAUUAAGGGCCUGUAAUUCAGUGUUUACAGCAUUAGACCACUGUCAUGAAGCCAUAGAAAUAACAAGCGAUGACCACGUGAUUCAGUAUGUCAACCCAGCCUUCGAAAGGAUGAUGGGCUACCACAAAGGUGAGCUCCUGGGAAAAGAACUCGCUGAUCUGCCCAAAAGCGAUAAGAACCGGGCAGACCUUCUCGACACCAUCAAUACAUGCAUCAAGAAGGGAAAGGAGUGGCAGGGGGUUUACUAUGCCAGACGGAAAUCCGGGGACAGCAUCCAACAGCACGUGAAGAUCACCCCAGUGAUUGGCCAAGGAGGGAAAAUUAGGCAUUUUGUCUCCCUCAAGAAACUGUGUUGUACCACUGACAAUAAUAAGCAGAUUCACAAGAUUCAUCGUGAUUCAGGAGACAAUUCUCAGACAGAGCCUCAUUCAUUCAGAUAUAAGAACAGGAGGAAAGAGUCCAUUGACGUGAAAUCGAUAUCAUCUCGAGGCAGUGAUGCACCAAGCCUGCAAAAUCGUCGUUAUCCGUCCAUGGCGAGGAUCCACUCCAUGACCAUCGAGGCUCCCAUCACAAAGGUUAUCAAUAUAAUCAAUGCAGCCCAAGAAAACAGCCCAGUCACAGUAGCGGAAGCCCUGGACAGAGUUCUAGAGAUUUUACGGACCACAGAACUGUACUCCCCUCAGCUGGGUACCAAAGAUGAAGAUCCCCACACCAGUGAUCUUGUUGGAGGCCUGAUGACUGACGGCUUGAGAAGGCUGUCAGGAAACGAGUAUGUGUUUACAAAGAAUGUGCACCAGAGCCACAGUCACCUGGCGAUGCCAAUAACCAUCAAUGAUGUUCCCCCUUGUAUCUCUCAAUUACUUGAUAAUGAGGAGAGUUGGGACUUCAACAUCUUUGAAUUGGAAGCGGUUACACAUAAAAGGCCUUUGGUUUACCUGGGCUUAAAGGUUUUCUCUCGGUUUGGUGUAUGUGAAUUUUUAAACUGUUCUGAAACCACUCUUCGGGCCUGGUUCCAAGUGAUCGAAGCCAACUACCACUCUUCCAACGCCUACCACAACUCCACCCAUGCUGCCGACGUAUUGCACGCCACCGCUUUCUUCCUUGGAAAGGAAAGAGUGAAGGGAAGCCUCGAUCAGCUGGAUGAGGUGGCAGCCCUCAUUGCUGCCACGGUCCACGAUGUGGAUCACCCGGGAAGGACCAACUCGUUCCUCUGCAAUGCAGGCAGCGAGCUUGCUGUGCUCUAUAAUGACACUGCGGUUCUGGAGAGCCACCACACCGCCCUGGCCUUCCAGCUCACGGUCAAGGACACCAAGUGCAACAUUUUCAAGAAUAUUGACAGGAACCAUUAUCGAACACUGCGCCAGGCUAUUAUUGACAUGGUUUUGGCAACAGAGAUGACAAAACACUUUGAACAUGUGAAUAAGUUUGUGAACAGCAUCAACAAGCCAAUGGCAGCUGAGAUUGAGGGCAGCGACUAUGAAUGCAACCCUGCUGGGAAGAACUUCCCUGAAAACCAAAUCCUGAUCAAACGCAUGAUGAUUAAGUGUGCUGACGUGGCCAACCCAUGCCGCCCCUUGGACCUGUGCAUUGAAUGGGCUGGGAGGAUCUCUGAGGAGUAUUUUGCACAGACUGAUGAAGAGAAGAGACAGGGGCUCCCUGUGGUGAUGCCAGUGUUUGACCGGAAUACCUGUAGCAUCCCCAAGUCUCAGAUAUCUUUCAUUGACUACUUCAUAACAGACAUGUUUGAUGCAUGGGAUGCCUUUGCACAUCUGCCAGCCCUGAUGCAACAUCUGGCUGACAACUACAAACACUGGAAGACACUAGAUGACCUAAAGUGCAAAAGUCUGAGGCUUCCAUCUGACAGCUAAAGCCAAGCAACAGAAGGGGCCUCUUGACGUACAAAGGACACUGUGAAUCACAGUAGUGUAAAUAAGAGGCUUUCCUUUCUAAUGACAAUGACAGGUACUGGUGAAGGAGCUAAUGUUUAAUAUUUGACCUUGAAUCAUUCAAGUCCCCAAAUUUCAUUUUAGAAAGUUCUAGUCCAUGAAGAAAAAUACACAUUUGUUUGAACACUUAAUGACAGAACAAAUUGGCAAACUCCUGUGCUCUGCUGUCAUCCUGUGUACCCUUGUCAAUCCAUGGAGCUGAUUCACGGUAACUAGCGGGCCACAGGAAGCAAAGCCUUGGUGUCUGUGAGCUCAUCCCCCAGGAUGGUGACUAAGUGGCUUAGCUAGUGCUCAGCUCAUCCCUUCCCAUAAAAGUCAUAUUUGCUGUUUAGCUUGACUAUCUUCCUCAAGAGCAUCGAUCUGAAGGAGUCAUAAGAAGUUUAUCUGAACAGAUGUAUCUAAGAAAAAAACUACAUAAAAUAAGUGAAACAACUAGGACCAAAUUACAGAUCAACUAGUUAGCUUCACAGCCUCUAUGGCUACAUGGUUCUUCUUGCUAAUGGUGUGACACCCAGGUUAGAACGCAGCCUUGGCUGGUGAGUGCCCUCUCUAGACUGGUAUCAGCAGCCUGUUUACCCACUUUCCCGUAAAAGGGAUAAAUCUUAACAGAAAGCCAUCUAUGAUAAGGGAAAAAGUGGCAUGUCAUCGUGGGGGAGGGAGUCCAUGAGCUUCCCUUAUUUCAGGCUCACAGAGGCAGCCAUGAGGCACUCUACCAAGUAUUAUAUAAAAGCCAUUAAAUCUGAAUGCCCUUGGACAAGUUUUUUUUUUUUUUUUUAAAGAAGUUUAUAUAAAUGUCUAAAAUUUUUAUUAAAAUCCAAAUUUUCUGGGCGUAAGCCCAUGGAGUAUGUUGUGCCAUGCACCACAUAUACGAUAUUUCGGGAGGGGAUGGGGAAGUUUCAAGGUUCAGAUAUUUUUAACCAAUCUAUAUUUGAAAUCAUGCCAUUUGCUUUAACAAUGUUAAAACUGUGCGGUGUAAAUAUAUCAGAAAAUAGGCAUAUGGGGAGGCAGUAAAUACUAUUUUAAGCUAUUAAUUGUAUGCUAAAAGCUUCUAAAGCACAAGUGCAUAUUUUUAUACUGCUCUUUUCACAACUUUCUGUGAUCUACAUAAAGUCAGACUUGAGAUUUUCCUUUCUUUUACCAGCCGAUCCUUCUUUAUGUAUUAUAAAUAUCAGACUCCGUAAACAAACUUAGUUUUUCUUUCUCUGUACUUCAUGCUGCAUUUUUAAAAGGUAUAAACAGAGACUGAAUUAAUUGAAUCAGUAGUUACUUUUUUUCCAAUACAAAUUGGAAUGCAGAAUACUUGGAACUUGUACAUGGGGAAAAAAUGACUUAUCACUACAUAAUGUGCCAAUGUUUUUUUCUAUGUUUUGUACCAAAAAUGGAAAAAUAGGACAAUUCCAUGCAAAGAAAUGUAUCUAAAUUAUUUUUGUUAGAUGAUAAGAGAACUUGCUUGGUCAGGACAGCAGCCAGCUUUGUAUUGUAAUGCUAUAUUAUGUCAAUGUGAUGAAAAUGUUUUUGUGAAGUACUUGUAACUAAAUUCCUACAGCCAUUUUUCAUUCCCAGCAGCUGUUUUUAUUUUACCUCUUUGGCCUAAACUUUUCAUAAUUUCAAA